UUCCGUAUUACACUCUUACCUCCCUCUAUCUCUCUCUCGCGGCUUCUUCUUCGCCUUUUUUUUUGGGAGGAAACAUUCUCAUGGAGUUCUCCACGACUGCAUGUUUCGUUUGAUUUGAAGUGAUUUCUCAUUUGGGUAGUUUAGUUUCUGCUCGGCUUUUUCACCGGAGAUGAGCUCUCUGGAGAAAAGGGCUGCCGUUGUUCCUCCUCGCGGUGGCGGUGGCACGGCGGUUGCUCCGCGGACCAUUCCUCCGCCGCGGCCGAGGUCUCCGCCGGCGUACCCGGACUUGUACGGAAGACGCAGAGAGGCUGCGAGGGUUCAGAUGCUCGAGAGAGAGAUUGGUUUUCUCGAGGCAGAGCUUAAAUUCAUUGAAGGCAUACAACCCGCGUCUAAAUACUGCAAAGAGGUCUCAGAUUUGGUGGCGGCAAACUCUGACCCUUUAGUACCUGUGCAAAGGAAGAGUCGAAGACCCUGCCGGUUCUGGAAAUGGCUCUGGAUAAGGCUAAUGCAAAGUUUGCAUUACAGUAGCGGAAUCCCGUGCUUGAACCUGUUGAGCUUCUUCUGUUGCUGUCAAUCCGAGUGCUCGUGCCACCUGAGGCGGCCCGAGUGCUGCAGCCAACCAAAAUGCUCGUGCCCUUCAUGCCCCUCGGGCCCGGACUGUUGCCCGAAACCGAGCUGUGGCUCGUGCUCAAGAGGCUGUUCUUGUAGUUCUUGUUCAGACAUGAAGCCAUGCUGUUGCGUGCCCAGAAGAUGCUGUUGCUUCAGUUGCCAAUGGCUGUCGUGUCCGAAUAUCUCGUCAUGUUGCAGAUGCGAAUGGAGAUGGAGAUGGAGACGGUCUUCUUGUUUUAGAUGCCCAAAGACACGGCUUUGCUGUUGCGACUGUAGAUAUUUGUGCUCUAACCCUUGUUGCUUAUUCUUCUAAGUGUGUCGAAUAAAAGUUUUUCUCAUCUUUUGUUUUCCCUUUCUGGGUUUUUUGUUUUGAAAAUUUUGAUGUCUUUUUAGUGCCGAAAUGUAAAUAUAUAAUACAUUUAUUACGCAUCCUAUGGUGUGUUUGUGUAAUAAACAUCUAGGGAUUGUACCGUACGGAUGAAUCUGAGAUUUGAUA